CUUCCUUCCUUCAAUCUCAAGUGAUUUACAUAUUUCUCUUCCCACUGUUGCUGUCAAACAACCAUUUUUCUGAAGUUUUCUUCAUUUCCGCACUCAAAUUAGGGGAGAAGAUUUGAAGUGAUUGCUGGCCAAAAGGUUAAUCAUUUAAGGUCUAAUGAAACAGCAGUUCAUGAAGCAGAGAAGAAGACAAAAAUCAUGGCUGAAAAAGGAAGAGAAGAACUCACGAUCUGUACCACAAUACAGGGGUUCACGGCAAGCACCGAGCAGGGAAGAACGAACAGAUCUCAGCCACGUCACAGUAGCGGCUAGCGGAGUUCCUACUCCCGUCGACUGCGUGUUGAACGGCGGAAGUCUGAGGUGGCUGGAUCGAGGAUUCAGAACUUUUGAGCACCAAUUUUUUUUUUUUUUCUUGCUCCUCACAGUCCCUAUGCGAGCCAAGAUGAGGGAGGAAGAAGGAAGCCUCGGCCUAGCAGAACAGCGAAGGACUAAGCAGCAACAGCAUCUACACCGGUAACGUCGAAAAAAUGAAAAAGGAAGACGACGGAUGAGUUUUUGGUCACUCAGUUCUGAAGCUUCUGGACCUCUCUGCUCACUCGAAUGAAAAAGAAGUUAAGAGAGUAAAAAAAUAUCAAAUGGAAGAGGGGGAAAAUGGUAAUUUUGAAAGAGGAUGAAGCUGAAAAAAAAAAAAAAAGUCCCAAGCCUCCUUGAGUUUCGAGCUUAAGA